ACAAAACAUGGGACUUGUCUGUGGAGGAAUUGGAAGCAUUCAUUGCGGUCCUGUAUGUCCGUGGGCUACACGGCAAUAGACUAGCGUCUUUGGAUGUCUACUGGUCAUGUUUAGAAUUAGAUUUCUUUCGAGACACCAUGCCAAUGGACCGCUUCACAGAAAUCUUGCGGUACCUGCGUUUUGACACCAGAGAGAUCAGACGCCCCCGGACAUAUUCGAACAAAUUCGCCGUGGUCUCAGAAGUUUGGAACGCGUUUGUACGGAACUGCAUUGCAUGUUACAAGCCAGGUUUGAACAUCACUGUUGAGGAGCAAUGGUGCCUUUCAAGUGGAGAGGUCAUCAAGUUUGCGUUGACCGCUGACGUAGACAGCAAGUACGUGCUAAAUGUCAUUCCUUAUGUCGUUCCUUAUUCGGGGGAAGAUGAAUCUCAGAAGCCUGAAAAUGUGGCAUUGAAGCUUGUGGAACCUUACCUCGGUGCGGGGAGAACGGUCACUACGGACAAGUUCUGCACAUCCCUGCCAUUAGCAAAUAAGUUGAUUGCCAACAAAACCAACUUGGUCGGGGCAGUGAGUCAUUGCGGACGAGAGCUGCCUCCGGUGAUGCGUAAUCAGGCACAGACAAAGCUAUACUCCACUACCGUGCUAAAGCAUGACAAAGCAACCCUUACGGUUUACAGAAGUAACCCAAGAAAGAACGUCUGUAUUCUGAGCACUAUACACCCGACUGUCACCACCGGGAACGACCGAACGAGAGAACCGGAGACCGUGACCUUCUAUAAUAGCAACAAGGUUGAUGUAAAUACGAUGACAAGAGAGCGUACGGUGGAGGUUGUGACAGGGUUGGAGAAAGGAGGUUCACACCGCUGGCCCCUUGCGGUAUUCUUCAACCUUCUUGACCUGGCUGCAAUCAACGCAUAUGUUUUGUUCACGCAAUGCACCGCUAAGACAGUGCCAACGACAGAUUUCAUCAUGGAUCUGGCAUUCGAGCUUCGCGAGAAGCACAUGAGGGCCAAUGCCGCACCGCCUCCUCCCCUCCCACCCAUCCAGGACACAGUCUGUGAAACGAAGACCCACAGCAAGGUGCGCAGAUCGACACGGAACAAGGCUCCUAAAAGCUGUGGGUAGUGCAACGGAUUUGCUUGUGGCUCUUGCGCACGCAAAUAUCCAGAACAACAGAAGACGAGAUUCAUGCUUAGGCAAAAGGCGCAUAUCCCAAAGGCACAAGAUACAGUCUCCCAGUGAAUUAACAACCGAGUCUUUGUUAUAGCAUGGAUGUAUUGCCACUAAUUCUCCUGUAUGCAUGUAACGUUUCAACAUUGUGUUUUGCACCCUACCAAUUGUGUUACAAAUAAAAUACAGAAACUUGAUAACAUUGUGUUUUUU